GCCGCCGCCAUCUAUUCGCUUCUUCUUCCUCUCCUCCGCCGUUUACACGACCUACCUUCCUAGGGUUUCUCUUCUCUAUCCCUCUGUACUACUCUGGGAGGAGGAGCAGCAGCAGUAGAGCGAGGAGGAGGAGGAGCGAGAUGAGCCGCAGCCUUGGGAUCCCCGUGAAGCUGCUGCACGAGGCGGCGGGCCACGUCGUCACCGUGGAGCUUAAGACCGGCGAGGUCUACCGCGGCUCCAUGGUCGAGUGCGAGGACAACUGGAACUGCCAGCUCGACAACAUCACCUUCACCGCCAAGGACGGCAAGGUCUCCCAGCUGGAGCACGUCUUCAUCAGAGGAAGCAGGGUCAGGUUCAUGAUCAUACCGGACAUGCUCAAGAACGCCCCCAUGUUCAAGCGCCUCGAGGCUAGGAUUAGGGGCAAAGGCUCUGCUAUUGGUGUCGGCCGUGGCCGCGCUGUUGCCAUGCGUGCUCGGGCUGCUGCUGGUCGUGGAGGUGGUCCUGUUGGACGGGGUGGUGCACCUCCUGUGAGGCGGUAGAUUUAUGUGCCGCUCAUUGUAUGCUGUUAUCAUUAUCAUGAAAGUCCAGGGAACGUUUGUCUUCAUCAACAAAUCUUUGGUUCAGCAGCCAGCAUGCAUGUGAGCCUAGCUUAUGUACCUCCAUCCAGUUUGAGUUUACCUGUGUGCAGGAUGCACGCCGGUGGUUUCUUAACUCGUAAGCAUGAAUGUAUUGCAGUAAACUAAACUAUAGUAGCUCGGUUUAAGCAUUGUUUGGUAGGUGGAUAUCAACGUUUCGAUGUUUCCGUUGGAGUGUAGAGUAGUGGCUCUUUAACUGUUUCGUCAUGUAUCCUGCGGCCUUGGUGCUCGUUAAUAUGAUGAGUAAUGCUGCUA